AAGAUAUUUUCACUGGUGAGUACAAUUUCAUAUUCAUUUUUCCGGUCAUAAACAUGGUUAUUUCUGUAUUUUUGAGAUAAACGGCCGAAUUAUCAGCAUUUUAGUAUCCAUCUGUCAGACAAUGACAUUGACAAAUAUUAGUCACAAUUUUUUGGAUUCAAUGUAACAGCAAAGUAUUUUUUACGAUGAAUCCUUUAUUUCAGGUGACGAGAUGUUCUCAGACACCUACAAAAUGAAACUAGUAGACGAAGUGCUAUACGAAGUGUAUGGUAAACUUGUCCAACGUAAGCACGGAGACAUCCAAAUCGAUGGGGCCAACCCUUCCGCGGAGGAGGCUGACGAGGGCACCGAAGAUGCCGUAGAAUCCGGCGUCGACAUUGUUUUAAACCACAGAUUAUGCGAAACCUACGCGUUCAACGACAAGAAGUCUUAUACAGCCUACUUGAAGGACUACAUGAAAAAAUUGGUAGCUAAACUAGAAGAAAAUGCACCUGACCAGGUGGAAAUAUUCAAAACAAAUAUGAACAAAGUAAUGAAAGACAUCUUAGGUAGGUUUAAAGAGCUCCAAUUCUUUACUGGUGAAUCCAUGGAGAUUGACGGAAUGGUAGGUCUGAUGGAAUACCGUGAAAUCAACGGUGAAUCAGUUCCAGUCAUGAUGUUUUUCAAACAUGGAUUAGAUGAGGAGAAGUUUUAGUCUGAUUUUUUAAUUGUAAUAUUAAUAUUGUUAUUACUUAAUUUAUAUACAGCAUGUACUUUGAUUUUUACAUUUGUCGCUACAAAAUUAUACUUCAUAUUCCAUAUAUUUGGCUGUACGGAAUUGUCCUGCAAGAGAGAAUGUUUAUAUAUCUGUGAGAUUAAAACUGAUUUUCGUAAGACA